AUGUCCUCUAAAAUUCUGAGGCCGAGUCGGAGGGAAGCUCCGACGCCCUAAAGGUUGAACUCCGGUUUCUGAUUUUGAUCUUUUCCCUCACCAAAGAGUUGAGGGAUCGUAUUCGUCCGAGCGAUGCAGCGAGCCGUUGAUAACGUCCUCGCUGUUACCAAAGAAUCAGUGAAGACCUUCACUUAUGAGGCUUUGAACAACAUUGUGAGAUUUAUCAAUGGGUUGUCAGCACUUCUACUGACCAUUUUGCCAGGAAAGGCAAAUAUUCUUGAAGGUGUCCAGGGUUGGGAGCUCAGGCCAACCUUUCGGGGACCUCGAUUUCCUCGCUGGAUGGAGAAAGGCGCUUCGUCAUUCAACCGGUUCAUCCAUGAGCUUUCUGUGGAUUCUGAUACUUCUAGUGUGGAUUAUACUUCUGAAGAAAAUGACUUUGAUGAAAUAUGCCCUGCAUCACCAACUUCUCAAAGUUCACGAGUGUCCAGAACAAGCACUCAGAGUAACUGUGGUUGGCAUUGGACUGAUUGGAUUGCUUACAUGCUUUCAUGGAUGUUCCUACCUGCUAAGCUUCUCUUGGGGAUACCAUUUCGUCUUUUUUGUUUAUUUUAUAUGAGGCAAUCAAGGGCUUUGGCUACUCCUCAAAGCCCCAAGUCUUUGCAUGUACAUUCUAUUAGGAAACCUCACACCCCUGGGGACCAUGUCGUUCACCGUACCACUGACAGGAGACGUGGAGUUAUUGAGGAUCUCCAUUUGGCAAUUGAAAUUUUCAUUGAAACUAUAUUUGAUAUGUUUCACAAGGCUGCUCACUGUCUUCUUUCCCCAUCAGAGGCAUUAAAAAUAGUUCUAAGAUGGUUUUCAUCUCCAAGAAGUGGUGUUAAAGAUGUUCAUCCUGGUGUUUCAGAUGCUUCUGUCACCACAGCCACUUUUGGAUCGAAUGAUCCUACCGUUAAAGAAAGGAAAACUACUCUCUACCAGUCACUCAAUACAGAUGCUAGGACAUGUCAGGAUGUCAUAACAGAGAUGGGGUACCCUUAUGAAGCUAUUCGUGUCAUCACUUCUGAUGGAUAUGUUCUUCAUUUGGAAAGAAUUCCAAGACGUGAUGCUCGAAAGGCAGUUUACCUACAGCAUGGAAUUUUGGAUUCAUCUAUGGGUUGGGUUUCUAAUGGUGUUGUUGGGUCUCCGGCUUUUGCAGCUUAUGAUCAAGGGUAUGACGUUUUCCUUGGGAAUUUUCGUGGUUUGGUUUCUAGGGAGCAUGUGAACAAAAAAAUUUCAUCACGACAGUACUGGCGAUAUUCAAUCAAUGAGCACGGGACUGAGGAUAUUCCGGCCAUGAUAGAGAAGAUCAAUGAGGUCAAAACUGCUGAAUUGAAAAUUAGCCGUCCUGAUGAAGAAACAAAUGAUGAGCAACCUUACAAACUCUGUGCAAUCUGCCAUAGCUUGGGAGGGGCUGCUAUAUUAAUGUAUGUUAUAACAUGUAGGAUUGAAGAGAAGCCCCACAGGCUGUCAAGAUUAGUUUUGCUAUCGCCUGCAGGAUUCCAUGAUGAUUCUUCAUUAGCCUUUACAGCAGUGGAGUAUCUGUUCUGUCUGUUGGCUCCUAUUAUGGCACCACUUGUGCCUGCAUUUUAUAUACCAACCAGGUUCUUCCGCAUGCUGUUAAACAAGUUGGCACGGGACUUCCAUAAUUAUCCUGCAGUUGGAGGACUAGUCCAAACACUAAUGAGUUAUGUUGUGGGUGGAGACAGCUCAAAUUGGGUUGGUGUGUUAGGGUUAUCUCACUACAACAUGAAUGAUAUGCCAGGAGUUUCUUUUCGUGUGGCUCACCACCUUGCACAAAUAAAACGAGGUGGAAAAUUUAGAAUGUAUGAUUACGGGAGUGCAUCUGCCAACACUGAGGUGUAUAAAUCUCCAGUGCCUUUAGACUUGGGUGAAUACUAUGGACUAAUUGAUAUUCCUGUUGAUCUGGUUGCUGGUCGAAAGGAUCAGAUAAUUCGCCCUUCAAUGGUUAGAAAGCAUUAUAAGUUGAUGAAGGAUUCACGUGUAGACGUAUCAUAUAAGGAAUUCGAGUAUGCACAUUUGGACUUCACAUUUUCCCACCAUGAAGAGCUCUUGGCAUAUGUAAUGUCCCACCUGCUUCUUGUGGAACCUUCUUCAAAGCAUCAAUCUAGUAACAAGACUGUAAAGGUGAAAAAGGAAGGGCAAGAAAUUCCUAACAAUUGAAGAAUAGAAUACCACGCAAUUCUGUAUUUCGGCUUCUGGAUUUGACAUGGGUUUUGCUAUAUCUUUAGUUCCAAUGCUGUUGUACAUGGUUCAAUAGAUAUAUCCGUUACAUCCCUGUAAUUAGUGAUAGAGCCAGGGUAAAUAUGUCUCUGAUUCCCUCUAAUUUUUUUAGGGAAUCGGAUGGUAAAUUACUCGGAAGUGCUUUUAGGGGUAGGAGGUUUGAAAAUUUCAUUUGUUUGUUUGUAAACUGCAUAUGAAAUCAGUCAGGAGAGACUCCAUGUUCUUAGAAAGCUGUUUCAUACUCGUUUGUUGCUAACACCAAUUGGUGAUGGAU